AUAGCAUUCACUCAGUUUUGGUCUAGAUGAAUUUCGUAUCAAACUACAGGAAGUUAAAGUUAUAGGUAUUAAGUGUUGUGCGCUGUCUGUAGCCAGUCUUCAUUUUGCACACACUCUUCAGUGCACCAGUAUUUUACAUACGCGGAUGAAUUCUGCUCUUGCUCUAUGUUAUUGCGCGGCCGUUCCAACUUGAGUAACAUGCAGCUUUUCUUGUUCGGAUGAGAAGUGUGGUUUGUGGAGACCUGUCAUCAGCUUGUCCUCCUGAUGUUCGGGAUGUCAGUCCUGGAGAACACACUUUACUACUCGAACAUUAGAUCAGGUGUGCAUGAAGAGAUUGAAAAUGAAAGAGAAGCGUUGGUACAAGAACAGAGGUACUGUCGAGCUCAGGCUCGCAAGCUUUCUUUGGAAACAAAUCGCAGACGAAAGGCUCUAGAAGAGAGAAGGAAACAGUGGGAUGUUCAAGAGCAGAGACUGAGGGAGAAUAUUUUACAGCAGCGUCAUCAGAGGGUCCAGGACGCCACAGAAAACUUCCAAAGAGCUCAUCUCCCUCGUUCCCAGAGAAAAAGGCCAGCCUUUAAGAGAAGAACAGUCAACCUUGAUGAAGCACUUCAUCAUAUUCAGGGCAGUCCGCACUUAUAUAUCCAACAAUUGCCAUUUUUGGCUGGUGCCUCCACCAUUAGCAGGAGCUGCAUUCCCUCCUCAAAGCCUUCAGGGGUCGCCCAUCACCUACGUGCCUUAUCUGCAGCUGAGGCCUACGCCAAACUCCUGCAGGAGAAGAGCCUGAGUAACUUAAAGAACAACCAGCUGCUCUUCCCCAGUGAGCAACAGGAGACCCAGAAAGAAAAAGAGCAGGCCGAUCCACAGGAGUCUCUUGAUACCCCACGUAGUGAGACAGAGAGUCUGUCUAGUCUGGACAGCUUAGGGAAUGGAGACACUCAGAAGACCCAUGACACUACAGCAGUUUGUUGCUCCCACCAGAGCACCACCUGUGCCCAGUCUUUCUUCCUCCCUGUGAAUCCCCCUAAGCUCCAAGAACCCAAAAGCUAUACAUCACCAUUCAGACAGUCCAACAACCCAUGUUCACUGUCUCACCCCUCCUGUUUCAUAGCAAAGAGUAUCCUGGAGGAGUUCUUAAAUAAGGAGAGCAAACUCAGUCUCAACUCACCCUCAUCAAAGGAUCAUGAGUCAACAGGGGAAAAUAGGAGUCUCCAGAAUUGCAAACGAGAAAGAUUUGAUAAUUCAAAAGACCAGUUGAAGACCUUCAGCACCCAGUCUACUCAUGGCUGCCAAAAAGAGCUGACUCAGCAGGUCUUCAUAGCUAAUUCAGAAUAUAUUACUCAUGAUAAUGACAGGAACGCUCAAGGGAACAUUUUAAAACACAAAGGAUCUGUGGUUGCCCACUGCAAAACACAAGCCUUGCCAGAUACCACACCCCUGGAAUUCUUAAGUCUGACUAAAAACUUCAAGUCAGAAUCCAAACAGCAGACAAGAACCCCGGAGGAGAAAUAUGCUAAACAUUUAUCAGAAUCACUGACAGCUCUUCCAGUCAGCAGAUGUAAACACAGCAACAGCUCCGUCAAAGCCUUUUCGAACUCCUCUGCCCAUCUUAGCAUAGCGCAUCAGACUGACAUGAGUUCCCCAAACAUACAACCAAUAGAAGUACUGAAUUCUUCACAGUCACAAAAACACAAACCAGAUGUUUGUUGCCACAGGGCUAACAAUGAAACCGAUGUCACCAAAUUGGCCAAAGCUGGUGUGCUGGAUUGUUCUAAAUGUUUAAAGGAACCAAAUAGAACAUCUGCAGACCCUUUAACCAAUUCUGCCCCUAACAACAAUGUCAGAUGCCUGAAAGGGAUUCUUAAAAACCAUUUAAAAUCCAAAUCAGGAAAUGUCAACUUCACUUAUACACCUGGCCAUUUGCUUUUCACCAAAGAAGUGGCCAUAUUAAUCCGGGACAGUGUAGAACUGGCCAGGGCAAAACUCAAUAAGCCAGAGCAGAAUAGGACCAUUAAGAAGAAACUACGCUGGUUUGAUGAGUUAGAUGGAGUUGACGGGGUGGACCAGAUGUUUAGAGACCCCAGCUGGCAUGCUAACCUGCCUCAACAAACUCAUAAACAGCUCUCGGCAGAUCACUCAGGCCAUGUGAAUUUACUCACAGGGAUAUCAAAGAACAUCUCCAAUAAGACCUCUGCUGUCCCUACUGGGCCCCAAUCCACUAGACAGGCCUGGGCAGAUGUAGAUCCCCAAGAAAGCCGUACACAGAAGCAUAUCAAGGAUCCCACCUCUCAAAGAAGAGACCUCUGCGUUGGGGGCCCACAGACUCCCCAGAGAGCACGCUCAGCCAGAGUCGGCUCGUGUCCCAUUACCUCCCGGGCCAGGAAGGGCACUAUCAUCAGACCACAAUCUGCCAGAGAAGCACAACAUGUGGCCAAGACCCAGGGGAAGACUUUGGUGCCUCGACCCUCUCCAAAACCUGAAGUUGAGGAGUGUAACUUAGCUGAGUGUCCCGUGUACAUCUCAAAGGCAUCCUGCAAUGCCGAUGGUGUACUGAGCAGACCAGAUCUGCAGGAUCUGGCCCUUUACAAAGACACUCCAAAUAGAGAGACAAUAGUUCAUCGGCCUACCCUCAGAACAGAUACUGUCUGUGCUCCAGUGCCACCCUGUUGUACCUACACCCAUGAGACAGGCAUCUGUUCCCUCUCCCCUCCAGAUGCGCUUGCAGACAGUGCCAGGCGCAGGUGUGGAGAGAACGGGAUAUGUCUGGACCGGACUCCAACGCUGUGGCAUGGGGUCCGAAAUGCUCUCUCCAGCAAAGACGGUGACCCUCAAAGUUUUCUUGCUCACAAUGGCCCGUUGCCUUCUUCGCCCAGCCUGUCCCAUGUCACCAUCAGUGGUGAUAGUCUGAUCAGUCUUGUAGAUGGAGCCACAAAAAUGGGUGGCUUUUUCUUGUCCUCCUCUAUAGUUUUAUCAGUGAGAAGUCCAAUAAGAAGACAAGCUAUGGAGAGUAAUAUGGUGAAGAACCGAGUUUCAUUGGAAAACAGCAGGAACCAACCUACAGGAACAACACAGAGAAAGCCCAGUUUUCCUUUUCAAGUCACUGUGCCAAAACCUCAACUCCCAAAUAAAAAUAGUCAUGCAGCUGAAAGUGAAGGCCCAGAGGUUUCAGACGGUGCCCAUGAAGUGGUGGACUGUGCACAGAUCCAUAAGUUCUGCAACGGUCCGAUUGCUCCAUUGAGCCAGAGAAUAAAGUCCCUCAAUGUCAGCGCUCUUUCACUAGAGGAGCAGAAGAUCCUGCAGUCACUCGAGAGACUUAAUCAACGCCUGCAAUAUGUGCGAGAUGCAGCUGGUGUUAUCCCAGCAGUGAAGGGCAUCUUUGCUCUGGGUCCUGCGUUUAACCAGACUGGUGAGACUGUAGGUGUCACCGUGCGUAGACGGCGAGCCUCUGCUGAUAAUCGCACCCAAACUCAACAGCGUUACAGAUUACACCGCCCAUGAUCCACCACUCUCUCAAACACCUUCUCUCAGCUGCACUUUGCAAACCUUAUGAUUAUAUGUUGUAUAUUGCAGAGACAUACUAAAAUAACUGAGUGGUAUUGAGAGUUUUGAACUCUUUUUUGUUUUUGUUUUUGAAGGAAUAGUUGACCCAAAAAUUAAAAUCGAGAUGUAAAUGAAUUUGUUUCUCCACAGAAAACAGAUAUUGAGAAAUUUAGCAUUUCAUCACUUGCUCACCGAUGGAUCCUCUGCAGUGAAUGGGUGCCAUCAGAAUGACAGUCCAAACAGCUGAUAAAAACAUCCACACAACUCCAGUCCAUCAGCUAACAUCCUGUCCUCUAUUUAUAGAAAUGCUUUCUCCAGUGAAAACGUUGUCUCUUCUGAAUCAGGAGAGAAAUAUGCACAGAAAAAAAACUGAUAUGUAAGAUUUUGAUGCAAGAGGACAACAGGGGAUAGCUUUUUUUUACUAGAUGAAAUAUUAUUAUGAAUUAUGAACUUGGAUUUUGGAAGCAACAGCUUAAAGUUCAAAAGCCUUAACGAUGGAUUUGUUUCUAAAAAACAGGCAGCUUUGCACUUCAUAAGAUGAUAGUUCAUCGACUUUAUUAUUGUGAUGUUUAUUUUUUCCAGCUGAUUGGACUAAUUCUGACUUCACACAUUCACCACUGAGAGUCCAUUGGUGAGCAAUUGAGGCAAUGUUGAAUUUCUCAAA